CCACGCCACCACCUCCUCCGCAACCGCAACCGCAGCCCCGGCAUCUCACCUCACCUCGUCGCACUCCAACCCCAACCCCAACCCCACACCCAGCCAGCACCCGGAGACGUGUCCGUGCGCGCAGCACCAACCCAGCGGUGCGCCGCAGAAGCAGGCAGGCAGGCCGGUCUGCCAGUGGCGCGCGGCGUGCGGGACGGAGCCAGAGCGCGAGCCGUGACGUGCGGGCGCGGGCCGGGCUAGACUCGCCCCUAAGUAGCACCGAUCGACGGACCGGUCAUGCCGAGCGCGCUGGGGAGCGGCUUCGCCGGGUCGGUGAGGCUCAAGUACGUGAAGCUGGGGUACCAGUACCUGGUGAACCACUUCCUGGCGCUGCUGCUGGUGCCGGUCAUGGCGGCCACGGCGAUCGAGCUGGCGCGCCUCGGCCCCGGCGAGCUGCUCGCGCUCUGGCGCGCCCUCCACCUCGACCUCGUGCACAUCCUCUGCUCCGCCUUCCUCGUCGUCUUCGUCGCCACCGUCUACUUCAUGUCGCGCCCCAGGCCCGUCUUCCUCGUCGACUACUGCUGCUACAAGCCCUCGCCCAGCUUCCGGGUGCCCUUCACCACCUUCAUGGAGCACAUCAAGCUCAUCUCCAACAACGACAGGAGCCUCCGCUUCCAGACCCGCAUCCUCGAGCGCUCGGGGCUCGGGGAGGAGACCUGCCUCCCGCCGGCCAACCACUACAUCCCGCCCAACCCCAGCAUGGAGGCCUCCCGCGCCGAGGCGCAGCUCGUCAUCUUCAACGCCAUCGACGACCUCGUCCGCCGCACGGGGCUCAAGCCCAAGGACAUCGACAUCCUCGUCGUCAACUGCAGCCUCUUCUCCCCGACGCCCUCCCUCUCCGCCAUGAUCAUCAACAAGUACAAGCUCCGCAGCAACAUCCGCAGCUUCAACCUCUCCGGCAUGGGCUGCAGCGCCGGCCUCAUCUCCAUCGACCUCGCGCGCGACAUGCUCCAGGUGCAUCCCAACUCGAACGCGCUGGUGAUCUCGACGGAGAUCAUCACGCCCAACUUCUACCACGGGAGCCGGCGGGACAUGCUGCUGCCCAACUGCCUGUUCCGGAUGGGCGCGGCGGCGAUCCUGCUGUCGAACCGGCGGCGGGAGGCGCGGCGCGCCAAGUACAGGCUGGUGCACGUGGUGCGCACGCACAAGGGCGCGGACGACCGCGCGUACCGGUGCGUGUACGAGGAGGAGGACGACGAGGGGCACUCGGGCAUCUCGCUGUCCAAGGAGCUCAUGGCCAUCGCCGGCGAGGCGCUCAAGUCCAACAUCACCACCAUGGGCCCGCUGGUGCUGCCCAUGUCGGAGCAGCUGCUCUUCUUCUUCCGCCUGGUGGGGCGCAAGGUGGUCAACAGCAAGUGGAAGCCCUACAUCCCGGACUUCAAGCUGGCGUUCGAGCACUUCUGCAUCCACGCCGGCGGCCGCGCCGUCAUCGACGAGCUGCAGAAGAACCUGGAGCUGUCGCCGCGGCACGUGGAGGCGUCGCGGAUGACGCUGCACCGGUUCGGCAACACCUCCAGCAGCUCGCUCUGGUACGAGCUCGCCUACAUCGAGGCCAAGGGCCGCAUGCGCAAGGGCGACCGCGUGUGGCAGAUCGGCUUCGGCAGCGGCUUCAAGUGCAACAGCGCCGUCUGGAAGUGCCUCCGCACCGUCAAGACGCCCACCGACGGGCCCUGGGAGGACUGCAUCCAGCGCUACCCCGUCCACAUCCCGGACGUCGUCAAGCUGUGAGGAGCUCAGCUCGCCGCCGGCGGCCGUGCCAUUACCCUGCACGUACGUGUCCCCCGAAACCUGGAGCUCUGUGGGGGUCCCGACCAAAUUAAACCAAUCUCUUUCUCUCCUUUGCUCUCUUUCUUCCUUUUCCUUUUUCUAUUUUUCGUCGCCAUAAAUGGAAUUACAUGGAUACUCGUGGGAUGCGUCACACAAGGAGGGGAUCAUUCAUCAUUCACAGGGAGAUUAGUCGGCUACCCGUAUAUUUAUGUUGAAUUGGAGGACGCUAACGUGGGCGUGCGUGGUUGUUAAACUGUUCGUGUCACGGAUUUCCACUGCGGUGAAAGGGAUACUUACAUUGGCACUGGGGGCUUUGUCAAUCAAAUUCCCUUCGGUUGUGUAAACCUUCUUCAUGCAUGACUUCUUCCCGCAUACAUGCAUGCACUUCUUUCUCGGUAUUGCUUGUAGGUUAGUAGAUGAUGAUGUAACUGCCAGUGUGUAUUGUUUGGUGUCGUGUCAUUAGAGGUUUUCAGUUCUUA